UCCCAGUGGAUCCCAGAGCUGCGCAGUAGCCGCAUGUGUUGUAUGACCACAAAUCCACCCUUCCAAAAUGAGUUUCGGAAGUUGUACGCUCCUCCCUGGUUGGAGUUUGGGGGCAAAAGACAUUCAAUGACAGUAAGAUAAGUUCUAAUGGGGAAGGCUGACUUUCCCUGGCCGUGCUUCCUUUUUUUCAGACUGACCAAAGGCUUUCGGAGGUGCCCUUUGUCCAAACGGACUUUAAUUAUAGCCAGUGUGUGUGUUGUGUAUUUAUGUUUUGUGGCUUCGCAUGUUGGAUCCUCGCAGCACCACCGGGACCGAAGGAUUAAAAAUGACAAAUACAGACACACCCGUGGAUUGGAUCAUCUGGACAUUAGUGAUGCCCUACCGGACUCUGUGGAUUUGGACACCGGGGCCAGCUCUGUGGUGCCGACCCGGUCCAACGUUGUGUACAUAACACUAAAAUCUAAGCGUCUAAAACCUGCAAAUCGAGGCACAGUCAGACCAAAACUAAGGAGAAAAGUGAGAAGGAAUAAAACGACCAAUUCAGCUUUUACGCACGAAAAACUGGAAACUUUGGAGCGGGACGCAAGGCACAUUAUGCGCAACCCUGCACUCAGCACUUCCUGGAGAAACACCAGGGAUGUGGAUGUUCAGUCUGUGGAUAUCAGUCAUAUAUCUCACCCAGAUGCAGACACCCACUCCAGUUCUAUUCGGAUUUACAGCCAAAAGGCGCCGCCGUGGUUCAGUCCGCAAGACGUGAGCGUCAUGCGCUUUCUUGCAGACGCCAAAGUUUUACGCGUCAAAAAAGUGUCACGUGGAGACUCUUCAUCUUUUCUGAUGUUUGAAGGAGAGUCCAUUUUCUUCCCACAAGAAAAAUACGCAAAACAGAACAGUAUGUGUGUGGGUCAGUGUGUGAUCCGCAGCCCCGUGGACACCACUGAGGUGUUUGCGUUCCACUUGGACCGGGUUCUGGGUCUGAACAGAACCAUACCGGCUGUCAGCAGAAAGUUUAGUUUUCUACACGAUGGCCAGCCCUGCCCCGUGGUAUCAUGGGACGCAUCUCUUCACACAGAGGGUCCGGCUGCAGGCAAAUCCGCUGUCAGGUUAACAUGGGGGGCGUACCAGAGCUCCCUGAAGCAGAGGUGUUGGCAGAGAAACACCGUCCCAAAGUCAGACUCCGGCUGCUCCACCAUCCAUCAUUACGAGUGGAGCAAACUGGCUCUCUUUGACUUUUUGCUGCAGAUCCACAGCCGUCUGGAUCAGAGCUGCUGUGGCUUCAGCUCGGGUGGGGAUGUGUGUGUGGAGCAGGACCACCACGCUGAAUGUAGGGACCGGGACCACAUCCACCUGGCCAACAUUGUCCACAGAGGCAACCACCCGCGACACCUCGUCUUCACCGACAACAAGGGGUUCUUCGACCGCAAUGAGGACAACCUGGACUUCCGGCUCCUGGAGGGAAUUAAAGAGCUUCCAGAGCAGGCGGUGUCGGUGCUGAGGAGCAGGAGGCUCAGGGAGAAGCUCCUCCAGUCGCUUUUUUUAGACCAGACAUACUGGGAGAGCCAAGGCGGGCGGCAGGGCAUCGACAAACUGAUUGAUGUGAUCGAGAGACGAGCCAAGGUCCUCCUCACCUACAUCAACGCCCACGGGAUCCUGGUCACCGCGAUGAACGUGUGAACGGGUUUAACAUGACACACAAACAGAAACUAAUGCAGCGGUCUGAUGUCAUCGUGUCAUAUCUACAGGACGACAAACUCACAUACUUUAAGUUCAUCUGGAUCUAGAUUUUCUGGAUUGAAUCAGUAUCUUAUAAAUGAUCAAAUAUCAAUCUGCUGGAAAAGUAGAAACUAUGCAGAAAAAGUCAAACUGCCCUCAGAUCAGAUUUAAUAUGCAAAGAAAGCACAUUACCGAUUCCAUUGCAAAGUAUUAUUUAAGUUUUCAUAAUAUUAUGAAGUACAGCCACAUGAGCACAAACAACAAAUAAAAAUAUAUAUAUUUAACUUGCACUUAUUUUUUUUUUUUUUUAAAUAAAUGGACCUGUUGAAUUAACAUCUGACUUGUACAAUAUUAAAACUGUCCGUAACAUUUACUAGUUUAGAGAAAGGAAGCAAUAUUAAAUGAAAAUACAUUUUAUAAUUCAUUUCAUUUGUCUUUUAAUUAGUUCAGGAGUUAACUUCAGUCGUGGGUGAAAGUUUUGGAAAGGACAAUAGUUUUGUUCUGGCAACUUUCAUUGAUAAUGUUUUUUUUUUCCUAUUUGCUUGAGGUGCUUAACCCAUGAAGACCCAAUGCUAUUUUUGUGGCAGUUCCCAAAUGAAUUUUUCUCUAUUUCUACCUGUCUUAACUGAUUUAUCACUAAUUUUUUUCUAUAAUAUUAUCCUCUGUAUUUUGCAUUUUUUGGUGUCAAUCAUGUAUUUUCCUACAUUUAAUUCACAGAUCACAUAGAUGUUCAUGAAAACUCAGAGUCAAUUCAAAGUCAGUUAUAUCUAAAUGGAGAAAAAUUAAGAAAAAGUUACUUUUUUGACAAAGACGUUAACUGAAUGCAAAAACAAGUGUGUCCAUCCACUGUCAUUGAUCCAACUCCAUGGGUUUUACUGGUGAAACAAU